AUGUCCGACACAGCGUCGCGUAAACGCAGCGUCUCUGCUGCUACCCCCGAUUCCGAUCCAAAGCGCCCGAGACUUGCGUCGCGAGAUGGCCAAGAGCAGCAACCUGGAACGAAUCAAGCUGAGAUACAGCAGGAUGCUCUCUCAGAAUGGGCAGACGAAGAAUCUAUAUCGGCAGUCGCUUCCAUGUCUCCAACUGUGCACCAGUUUGCCCGAACUGGUAUUCAACGAUCUAUUGCCAUGGUCUUGUCGCAUGAUGGGUUCGAAUCUGCCAGUCCCGAGGCACUGGAGAGCUUCACAGAAUUGGUUGAACAGUAUAUGAGCUCCAUCAUCCAGGAAGUCAAGCGCCUCGCAAUAUCGUCACGUCGCGAAGUUCCUAUCCCGUCAGACUUUGAGAGCAUGCUAAAAUACCACAACAUCCCGCUCUCAUCUCUAAAACCGCACGUCAAAAGCAGAAUUUUCAAUCAGAAUGCGACUGACCGUGGCCUUGCGGUCGUAACCGCCGACGACACAUUUACCUCUCUCCCACUUCUCGGCGUCGAGCUCAGCGGCCAGCCGGACAAGGACAGCAAGCCAUAUAUACCGGCAUCUUUCCCCGGAUUCCCCAGCACACACACUUACAGAUUCACGCCGCAAGAGGAUAAGAGGACGAAGGAUUCCAAGCAAAUCAGAGAAGAUGCGGCGAAGAGCGCACAACUAGGCGAGGAUGCUCUCCGAAGACUAGUGCGCGCUUCGAAAAUGCGCAAGCAAAAGGAAGUCAAGUCCCUGGUCGAACGCGACAGCCAAGGCAAGGAGCGGUUCCGGCUAUGGGAGUCAACUAUGAAGCGGUUCAUGGGGGGAGACCGGUUCAGAGAGCACGCCGACAAGGUGGACAUUGCUGACCACAGCAUGCUGGUCAAUGCUGAUGUCAAAUUUUCCCGACGAGAGGUGUCUCGCUUGGGUAAGAAGUCAAACGCUUUAUGA